UAAAACUAAAAUAACAUGUUUUCUCUUGCGUGUGUGUCACUCGGUGCAGAACAGAGUCCAGGUUCAGCUGCUGCAGUCGUGCAGAGAAGCUAGCGCUGUGGCUAGCUUCAGGAUGAAAUCUCUCCUACUGAUGUUUUCCCUCGUGCAUUUCUUGUACAAAACGAAGGAAUUGAUGGUUGCCAAGUCCAGUAGAGAUUACAACAGGCUUGUAUAUAAAAAUAAAAUAGUAUAUUAUAGGUUAUAUUAAAACAAAAACAUGUAUUGUAAAAGGUAGUCAAAGUGACAGCUUUGGUAGAGGGGAUUAUAACUUUAUUUUUGCGAUCAUGCCUUUCAAACACCAUCUUGGUAUUUAAUACAUGUAUUUAGGAAAAAAGUGAAGAACUUUCAACCGCAUAUCAUUCACACAUGCAGAGUAAUUUACAUUUUAAAGUGAAAACCGUCAAAAUCACUUCCAUGGCUGUUCAAAAUGUUAAUAAAUGUUAACGGCACUGCUUGAUUCUUUAGCUUAACAAUGUACUGUGCUUUACCUUUUGAGUUUUAAACAUGCCUAAUUCUAAAUGUAAAAUGACAUAGUGGACUUACGCAGCACCAUUUUUCAGGCAAACGGAUUACUUUAUAUUUCACCAUUUAAUAAAUGUUAACUGUAUUUAUUGAUUAUUUAAUGUAAAUGUGCACUGUGACAUUUGAAUUUUAAACUUAAUCUAUCUAGCUAAUGUUAAAAAUAUUACAGUAAUAUUGCUUGUUAUUUCGCCCCUGUCUUGAGUCAACGCCCCUCCCCCACUUAUGCCUAACAUCAACUCUACGCCCCCGGCAGAAUCCGGUAAUAAUAAUAAUAAUUUAAAAUUCUCUUUUAAUAAUAUUCAGUAACUGCUAUGUCCUCCAUAAUUGUAAAUAAUAUUGUUUAAAAAUAAAAUGUGUUCAUUGAAAUAAAACUGAGCUAUAAUGUUAACGGGGCUGCAGUCAGUAGCUGUCCAGCAGCACUGGUUAUAGUAUCGGACUUGGCUUUAUUCACGGGUUUGCAGCAAUCCUGAAUUUCUAAAAGAGUACUCUGUCAAAACUGACGGGUUUCAUUUGUUAUCUGUAGCAGAAAAACUACUAGUGUAUUUUGAGAAAUGAAAGCAUGUUUAGCACACAGGUGGUACAGUAGACUAGAUGCACUCCUGUGAUACUGGAACUCACUUUGACUGUAGAUACAAGUAACCAUCUUUCUAUCCAAUGAAAUUAAAAAAAAAAAAAACUUCCCAUUCAUAAGUCCUUCAGUUUGAGUGCUUUGUACAUAAUGCGGUUCCGUGACUAAUUUAGUAUUCAAACGAUGACUACACUCAUUCAAUCCUGGCAUGCACUCGAGUGUAUUAAAAUGGCGCCUCAGGAAAUUAAUGAUGGUAUGCUAAGAAGGACAAGACAGGAGUGCAAUUAACAUGAGUUAAAAAAAGAAUCCAGAAAUAUUAUUAAUAACAUUAAUACUGGUAAUAAUAAAACAUACAGUAACAGAGCACAUUUUCGAGGUUUAACAUAACAAACUGUAUUGGCAUAAUACCGAGCCAGUAGCUUUUAAAAAUAACUGUGAAAUAACUAUGAAAGUAGUUAUUCUGUAUAUUAUAGUGUUUUUGAAAGGAUGGUUUAAAAGAGGUACAUGUUAUACAAAUGUAACCCAAUGCAAUACAGUCAUGCAUAUGCACAAUUUGUUUUAGAAAUGACAGUAUUAUAAAUGAAGGAUUUUAUAGGAUUGAAUCAUUUCUUUUAACAUGUAUCAAUGUAAUGUUUCAUCAAAGAACAAAAAAAUUGUAAUUUUAGACAUCUAAUCAUUAUUUAGUCACCUUUGCAAAUCAAGGCCUUGGAUUCUCACGCUGUCUGAGGUUUUCAUUUUCACCAGUGAUUAAUCACAAAAUAGAGAGAUAGCAGCAGGUUAUAUGAAGAUGAUGACAUUUAAAGCAAAGCGGAUGUACAGUGAAGUUUAAAUCCAAAAACAAACUUCUGUAUGCCAGCAUUAUUAUGCCCCUACCUUAGUACAGCAUUAUGAUCUGAAUUUGCUCAAGGAUUAAACAGUUGAGUGGAUAAGCGCUAUUAACGGUUAAUAAAUCAUUUAUUUUCUUGUCACUGCUAUACAUAGAUUCAUUAACAGAUAAUACAUUUGGGAAUGGAGGGAUCAUUCUAAGACUAUGCUUACUGCUAUAUCAAUGAGUGCAAUUGCAACAAAUGGGGUUGUACCAGCUGGUGGUUCGUACUAUAUGAUUUCAAGGUCACUUGGUCCAGAGUUUGGAGGGGCAGUGGGACUUUGCUUUUACCUGGGGACAACAUUUGCUGGUUCAAUGUAUAUCCUUGGUACCAUUGAAAUUCUUUUGACCUACAUUGUUCCAAAUGCAGCCAUAUUCAAAGGUGAAAAUGGUGGAGAGACAGAGGCCAUGCUUAACAAUAUGAGGGUCUAUGGAACCUGUUGUAUUAUUUUAAUGGCUUUGGUAGUUUAUGUUGGAGUUAAAUAUGUGAACAAACUAUCACUGGUGUUCCUCGCCUGCGUGAUGCUUUCUAUUUUUGCGAUCUAUGCUGGUGUCAUCAAAAGUGCCUUUGACCCUCCUGAUUUUCCAAUAUGCCUCCUGGGAAACCGCACCUUAUUAAGUCACACCUAUGAUGUGUGUGCAAAGGUUGUAAUAGAAGCAAAUGAAACCAUGACCACCAAGCUCUGGAGCCUGUUCUGUGAUAGUCCUUUCCUCAACGCCUCCUGUAAUGAAUAUUUUGAGAUGAAUAAUGUUACAGAAAUAAAAGGAAUCCCUGGACUUGCCAGUGGAGUUAUAAAUGAUAAUCUCUGGAGGGAUUAUGGACCACAGGGCAUGUUGGUUGAAAAGAAAGACCAGCCUUCCAUCUCUGCACCAGAUUCAAAGUUCACUUCUCCCUAUGUGUCCAAUGACAUUGCUACCUUUUUCACUCUCUUGGUUGGGAUCUAUUUUCCUUCUGUCACAGGUAUCAUGGCAGGUUCUAACAGAUCAGGCGAUCUUAAGGAUGCUCAGAAGUCCAUCCCUGUUGGCACUAUUAUGGCAAUAGCAACCACCUCAUUUAUUUAUAUGUCUUGUGUUAUAUUGUUUGGUGCUUGCAUUGAAGGUGUGGUUUUAAGAGACAAGUUUGGGGAGGCAGUGAGCGGGAAUCUGGUGAUUGGUAUUUUAUCGUGGCCCUCACCGUGGGUGAUUGUCAUUGGCUCGUUCUUCUCCACGUGCGGAGCUGGUCUGCAGAGUCUUACAGGAGCACCUCGUCUGCUGCAGGCCAUUGCGAGAGACGGAAUAGUGCCUUUUCUACAAGUGUUUGGCCACGGUAAAGCAAAUGGAGAACCGACCUGGGCUUUGCUGCUCACUGCAGCCAUAUGUGAAAUAGGGAUUCUGAUAGCAUCUCUUGACAGUGUAGCACCCAUUCUCUCAAUGUUCUUCUUGAUGUGCUACAUGUUUGUAAACCUGGCUUGUGCUGUACAAACACUGCUUUGUACGCCUAACUGGAGACCCCGCUUCAAAUUCUACCACUGGACUCUCUCCUUCUUGGGAAUGAGCCUUUGUCUUGCCUUAAUGUUCAUCUGUUCUUGGUACUAUGCCUUGAUUGCCAUGUUGAUUGCUGGAUGUAUAUACAAAUAUAUUGAAUACAGAGGAGCUGAAAAGGAAUGGGGUGAUGGAAUCCGAGGCUUGUCUCUCAAUGCAGCUCGCUAUGCCCUGAUCAGGCUGGAGGAAGCCCAGCCUCACACAAAGAACUGGAGGCCCCAGCUGAUGGUGUUAUUGAACUUGGACUCAGAACAGAAUGUUAAACAUGCUAGACUUCUCUCAUUUACCACACAGCUGAAGGCAGGGAAAGGACUAACCAUAGUUGGGUCUGUGAUUGAGGGGACAUAUAUGGCAAAGCGCCCACAAGCAAAACAGUCUGAGCAGAAUGUUAAGUCUACAAUGGCUGCAGAGAAGACCAAAGGUUUCUGUCACGUUGUGGUCUCUUCUAAUCUACGAGAUGGGGUUUCCCACCUCAUCCAGUCUGCAGGCUUGGGAGGAAUGAAGCACAACACUGUUCUCAUGGCCUGGCCAAAUUUGUGGAAACAACAAGAGGAUCCCGUCUCCUGGAGGAAUUUUAUUGAGACUGUAAGGGAGACGACUGCGGCACACCAGGCUCUGCUGGUUGCUAAAAACAUUGACUCAUUUCCUAGCAACCAAGAGCGCUUCAGCAAUGGAACCAUUGAUGUCUGGUGGAUUGUCCAUGAUGGAGGACUGCUUAUGUUAUUGCCGUUCCUCCUUCAACAGCACAAGGUGUGGAGGAAAUGUAAAAUGCGCAUAUUUACUGUAGCCCAAAUGGUUGAUAAUAAUAUUCAGAUGAAGAAAGACUUGCAGAUGUUUUUAUACCACCUGAGACUUAAUGCAGAGGUAGAGGUAGUUGAAAUGCAUGAAAGUGACAUCUCUGCCUUCACGUAUGAAAAGACUCUGGUGAUGGAGCAGAGAUCUCAGAUGUUGAAGCAGAUGCAGCUCUCCAGAAAUGAAAGAGAAAGAGAGAUUCAGAGCAUCACUGAUGGGUCUCGUAGCUCCAUUAGAAGAAAGAUCCACUCUAAUCAGUCUGAACAAGAUGAAAUUGUCAUACAGCUCGCUGACAAAGAGGAAGAGGCCCAGUUAAUCCACGACAGAAACACAGCGUCACACGCUGCCAUUAGCAAGAAGGUUGAUGCUGUUCCAGAUCGAGUCCACAUGACGUGGACCAAAGAGAAGUUCACUGCUGAAAGGAACAGAAACAGAGAACCAGCAGGAAUGGGGGUCAGGGACCUUUUCAACAUGAAACCAGAAUGGGAAAGUCUGAAUCAGUCAAAUGUGAGGAGAAUGCACACUGCUGUGAAACUUAACGAGGUGGUUGUAAAUAAAUCCCAGGAUGCUCAUCUGGUGUUGCUGAACAUGCCUGGACCGCCGAAAAACAAAUGCGGGGAUGAGAACUAUAUGGAGUUUUUAGAAGUCCUAACAGAGGGCCUCAACAGAGUUCUUCUGGUUCGAGGUGGUGGACGGGAGGUGAUCACUAUUUACUCCUAGGUCUGAUUCCAAGGAGAAGCUGCGAAGAAAACACUACUCUGCACUCUUCUGUCAGUGGAUGCUGUCCAUUGGAUUUUGGACCUCAAAUAAAAACCUGCUUAGUGCAAGUGAUAUACUAGUGCAGUUAUAGGAAGUGGUGUUCACUUUGAAAGGAUGUGCUAUCUGGGAACAUGUAAUGAGAUGCUGGAAGUAAAACAGUAUUACUGUGUCUAUCUUUAUGAACAGCUGGUGCUCCAGCCUGUGUAAAGAAAAGUGUGACAGACCACUGUGUCAUUACACAAUCCACAAGCACAUCUGCAUCAGUUAUGCUUUAUUUAUGAGUAUUCUCAAUCUGUACCUAUAUGCGAUAAAUUGCAUUAUCAUAUUUUAGAACCAUUAAAUACCUAUUUGUUUUAUUUAGUAGGCCAGAGGUCAAAAGAGGUUAAAUACAUAUCCCUACAUGUUUGUAUAAAAUAUAAACCAACCAGCCAUUACAAACUAGUGAAAAGUAACAUUUUAGGUAUAUGGUUUUAUUUUUUAUUUUUUUAAUAUAGCAUGUAUUGAGACCACGGAAUAAUAUUGCACACUCCAUAUUUCACUCCAUAGUCUGAUGUAAUGCAGCCUGUAAUUCCUUGUACAUACACAGUAUUUAGGGAUGUAUUUUAAAUCUGGUUUAGCACCUUUGUUUUAAAUAGUUUAUUGGCUUUCUGUAGGGCAGAUCUAUAAUUUAUUUGGACCUAAAUGCAUUAAUAUAAAUGUAAAGCAAUGUACACAUAAAGGGAGACCAACAAAACAGGAUGUAGGAUGUUUCUAAACUGUUUUGCUGAAAAUGUGCAUUUCAGUAAGAUUGUGAUUUUAAAAUCCAUGCCUUGUUGCUGUUAAAAAACUCUUUUUAAAUAAGGUUUACAUAUCCAAAUAUAUCUUUUGAAUGGUUAUUUAAUUGAAUUGAAUUGUUUGUUGAUGUUCAUUAUUCCCUGUGCAUUUGUUAUGUGUAGUGAAAAUUAAGAUUUUGGAUAGUGAAAAUGUGUUCAGUGUUCUUGUUGUAAAAAGGAUGUGCAGUUUGUAGAUGUAUAGAAUAUUAGAGUAUUAAAACUGACACAUUCCACACCUAAACUAAAGCAUAUCAUUACAUGAAAAAAAAUGAAAAUAUUACAAGGACCGUAGAUUUAUCAAUACAUUUUGAGCAAUGCAAUAAUGUUGGAAUUUCAGUGUCAAACUAUUUUUUUAAAUAAAUUUGUUUUAAUAAUAAUGUUUGUUAGUUUAUAUAAAAAACAAUAAUAAAUAUGUGUGUGAUGUACAUAAUGAGGGUCAUUCCAGAGUACUGAUAUUUACGAAUAAAACCAAGGGUAAAUGCAUCUAGUCAUUGCUCAAUUAGAGCUUUUGAAUAUGCUUUUAUUUUAUUUUUUUAAGCUACUUUUUGUCACAUUGUUUGCUAUGUAAAUUGCAACUCCUGCCCCAUAUUAUUUUACUCAUUGAAACACAUAAUAAAUCUGGUUCAUUGAUACAUUUAUAACAACAAAGUUAAUAAAAGUAAUUAAGAA